AAGAAGUAUUGAUUAAUGAAUGCAUGUGAAAGUUCAAACGGAGACGGAGUCCACCCGAAUGAUAUUCAAUCCCUCCAUACGCGGGACUCAGUAUAUGGUCAUCGUAAAUAAACGAAAUUUACAAAAUGAAUGUCAUGCUUACUGCUAAAGUUCUUAACUUCGAAAGUUACCUAGAGGAAAAGGGAGAGAACUAUACUUAUUUAUACGUUUGAUAACAUCAUAUGACAGAAUUUGUAGAUUGUGACUCCGAUAUAGAACUGUUUGAAAUGUCAGCUGAAAAAGCACUACUUGUGAACACUAUAGACAGGGGCAAAAUAUCGUACUCGUCGGCUGAUGAUUCAGUAAAUGUGGGAAAUGAACCUGGCCACAGAAAAGUUGUUCAGAACAAACAGAAAGAGAAAACUAAAUUAUCAGGAUUUUUAUUAUUAUUGUCAUUUUUUGCAGCUAUAGGAGGUUUUUUAUUCGGAUAUGACACCGGUGUUGUGUCAGGUGCAAUGCUCUUACUCAAAACAAACUUCGAUCUCAGUUCCUUUAGCGAGGAAGUUAUUGUAAGUGUUACAAUAGGUUCUGCAGCAGUGUUUUCCAUUUGCAGUGGUGUUCUCAAUGAAUAUUUAGGAAGAAAACUUACAAUUAUAAUUGGGAGUUUUGUGUUCACAGCUGGAGCAAUUGUUCUUGCAGUAGCCCAAAAUAUAGCAAUGCUGAUAUCAGGACGAGCAAUUUUAGGUAUUGGAAUUGGAAUUGCUUCAAUGACAGUGCCAACUUACAUAGCUGAAUGUGCUCCAUCUGAACUGAGAGGAAGAUUAGUCACAAUAAAUAAUUUAUUUAUAACUGGUGGACAGUUUAUUGCAAGUGUACUUGAUGGUGCCUUCAGUUAUGACAAGACAAAUGGUUGGAGAUAUAUGUUUGGAUUGGCAGGUGUUCCAUCUGCAAUUCAGUUUGUUGGGUUUUUCUUUCUUCCGGAGAGUCCAAGAUGGCUGAUAAGUAAAGGUAAAGAAGUUGAGGCUAGGAAAGUUUUAUGUAAAAUUAGAGGACAUUCAUAUGUGGAAGAAGAGCUCCAGGAAAUCAUACAAAAGUUUGAAGAAGAAAGAGAAUCUACAAAUAAUAAAGCUGAAGAAUACAUUAUAGUGAGAGUGAUAAAGACACCAUCAGUGAGAAGAGCUCUUAUUUUAGGAAGUUUUUUACAAAUAUUUCAACAGCUAAGUGGUAUUAACACAGUUAUGUACUACAGUGCUACAAUUAUCCAAAUGACAGGGAUAAGAAGCCAGUCUACUGCAAUUUGGUUAGCAGCAGUUACUGCUUUUGUCAAUUUCAUUUUCACAUUGGUUGGAGUUUGGCUGGUUGAUAAAAUAGGAAGAAGGAAACUCAUUUUGUCCAGUUUAGCAGGUGUCUUAUUUUCUUUGGUUGUUUUGGCAGUUGGAUUUCAGGUGACUGCUUUGAAUUCUCCACCAGUUACUACAUUUGAAAGUUCAUCAAAUAAUUCCAAGUGUUUUCAGUACAGGUCUUGUGAAUCUUGUACAGAAAGUUUGCAAUGUGGAUUUUGUUAUAUAGAAAAGAGUACUUACACAGCAGAGAAUGGUUCAUGUUUGCCAUAUACUGACCCUUCUAUGUCAUCAGAAGGACGUUGUAAUAGCACUAAACUCCAAAUAAACCUGGUAUGGGCUGAGAACUACUGUCCAUCACCAUAUUCCAUUCUUGGUCUGAUAGGACUCAUUAUUUAUUUAAUGGCUUUUGCUCCAGGUAUGGGUCCAAUGCCAUGGACUAUCAAUUCAGAAAUAUAUCCACUGUGGGCAAGAAGUACAUGUACAGCAAUUUCUACAUCAUUCAAUUGGAUAUUUAAUCUGACUGUUUCACUGUCAUUUUUAACUCUGACUGAACAGAUUACUAAGUAUGGAACAUAUUGGUUGUUUGUUGGCAUCGUGAUAAUUGGUUUUAUAAUUAUCUAUGCUACAUUACCAGAAACUAAGGGUAAGAAACUGGAGGAAGUUCAAGCUUUGUUCGAAAAAGGAUGGUGUUCAGAUUCACAAUAUGAUCAGCUAAAAAAUUGUAAUGAGACUACCAUCGAUGCAAAAUAAUGUGAUACCUUGUUCAUAGAACCAGACUGACAUAAUAUUGGCAUGUUUUGUGUUUCUUUGGUUUAAUGAUUUGCUACGAAAAAGCUAAGGUUUAUUGUUUUUUGGCGUAAGAUAUUUGAUAUUGAAUCUUUAAAAUUUCUUGAUACUCAUCAUUAAAAUUUUUGAAACUGGUGAA